UUUUUUGGUACUCGAUGCAACGCUCUGUUGACAGUUGUAGACGACUUUAGUUGUUGAACUCUUCGGUGUGUGUAAAACUUCAAUGUUUUGCCAAGAUUACCGACAUUACCUACUUUUUAAGUAUGGCUGCAAAUAACCGACAAAAUAAUCAAAAUCUUGUGGAUGAUGAUUCACUUAAUUAUGUCAACAACUUUGAUGCUGGUCAGUCUAAAGUUAAAGAAAGUUCCCUUCACAAGACUGGAAUAAGAGGAACAAAAGUGUGGAUAUUAAUUGCAGUUUUGGUUAUUGCUCUUUUAAUCUGCAUCAUAAACUUAGUGAUACUGGCUGUAAUAUAUGGUGUUAUCAGAAUUGACAAAGAUGGUGUGGAAUCAAUUUCAUUCUUUGAUAAUGGUAUGAUAAGGUUUACCAAGCCAAGUGACCUUGAAACAGUAACAGUUUAUCGCAARUCUAUUGGGGGAUUUAAUAACAGAGACCUUGCCAUUGAAACCACUCAAAACAAGAUAACUUUACAUGGUGGUCAUACUAUUCGUAGCUCACAAGUUGAAGUUUCCAAUGGAAAUACGUCAAUAAUCGCCAAGAAUGGRUUCAAGUUUGUUGACCCAUUUGCCAAAAAAGAAAUCGUGUCGUUUGAUGGUAGCAAUAUCCAGUUCUUACAAGAAUCAGUCACUGGUCAGGAUGUGCAUAUUGACACUAUUCGAUCGCACAGGAUCGUGAGCAAUGAAUUUCAAAACCUGACUCUAAACUCCGACAAGUCAAUCAUUGUUCAGGGUAGUGAAGGGAUUCACAUGGACGGGAAGACAAUACUUUUUGACUCAGCGUUGGAUAUCAACGUUACUUCAAGUCAGGCAAUCAAGAUGGACGCCAAGGCAUUCACUUUGAAGUCCAGUAAACAAGCAACGAUGAGGUUGUGUAUAUGUCGUCAUUCGGGGCUGCUCUUUACAAGUGAAACGACUUCAAGCUGUUCAGUAGGAUCAAAUCCCUGCUAGUUAGAACUGCCAAAAAGUAUAGAUUUAGUUAAAGCAUUUUACAAUUCUUUUCUACRUUAUUCGUACUAAUUUUCGCGAGAACUUACUAGUAAUUUCGAGAAUUUGGAACCCAAAUUUUCGGAAGCAUUAAUUUUCGCGAUUUUGAAAAAAAGGAUAAAUUUAGUGCAUUUAAUUUCGCGAAAAUUGAAAAACAAGAGGACAGARAAUCCUUUUUUAUUGAAUGAUUAUUCAAACAGUAAURGAUUUUCAACCAAAAUUUCAUAUAAAGACUGUUAUAGAAGUGUUUAAAUUUCGCGCGUUUAAUUUUCGCGGAUCCUUUUUUCGCGAGGUUUCAAUUUCGCGGUUUCUUUUAAAUUGCGAAAAUCGCGAAAUUAAAGGCCUARUGUGCCCCAUUAUGCUUUGGGGCCCUCGGGCGGRCAUUUCCAGUUGACCGAAAGUCUAUUUAUUGUACUGUGCGUUUCGAAUCUUUGACCAUCUCACUUUAAGCACUUUAAACGAUAAUAUUGGAGUUUGCAGCCAUCUUACUUCGUUUUAUGGUGAUAUUUAAAUACUAGAAGUACUUUGGUGUAAAGCAUAACAAUAACAGAUGCUCGCAAAGCAUAAUGGUGCACACUGGGCUUUUAAGUCCUCGCGAAAAUUAUUACGAAUGAGGUAGUACUACCCUGUUGACUUCUUCCAGUCCAAACGAGACUGAAAAACUAAACUGAAUUAAAAUAAAGUAGGGUAGGGAUAAGCAAAUUGUUAGGUCAGGUGUCUACACAGAUGUGCAUAAUAAUAAUGCUUCAAAAGUUUGAGAUAUUUGUACGUUUUAAACCGAAAAAAUCAUUAGGAUCCCACUGAUGARCUAGUACAUUCUAAUUGAUGUAAUUUAUAUACAAAAGCAAGCACUUAUCACAAUAUGUGGGAAUAACGCGGUUUUCUAAGCUUUUCAUUUGCCUUGGAGCUUAGAAAUUGACAGGCCAAUUCGCGUUAAUACAACUGUUUUCAUCUUUGCAAUUCUUUCGACUGGAACAAAUUUCGAGACAAAUCGUCAUUCCCGCUUUGUAAUAAAACGAAAAGUAUUUAAGUAGUCGUAUUUAAAAUAUUCCCAAACUGAAAGUUAUCAGAAGACACAGAUUCACGAAGCUCUUUGUAGAGUAAAUCAAGCCGAAAUGCACUGAAACAAGAAACGUAAAAAUAUAUAUUAACAAAGUCUGGAUAAAAAUCAAUAAAUAUUUUUAAUAUGUGGUAACGUAGUUACAGGUUGGGUUAAACUCUCUUAGAGUCAGUGGAAUAAUCCGGUUAUACUGUCGUAUACUGGUGUUAAGAGAUCGGUGCAUUGGUUUGGUCAUACUGCGCACCUAUUGACAGAAUUUUUUUAAUGGUUCCGUUUUUAAAUACCUAAUAAAUUUAUAAAAUCCUUUUGGUCAUGUAUCUGCCGCUAUUUGAUUAACUUUCUACUAAAGGAUUUUAUCUGAGGAGUUCAAUACAGUCAUACAGUCAUCAUAUACAAGCGUUUAGAGACCCGUCCAUGGUUUUGGUCAUACUUCACGCCUAUUGGUUGAAUUUUUGUUAAGGUUCCGUUUUUAAAUAUCUAAUAAAUGCAUUCAUUUUUUCAUUGUUU